AAAGCUUUCCGAUUUUUGAAUGGCAAAAACGGUGGCAAUAGAUCAACACCAAGAAAGAACAAGAAGAAUAGUUGGGACAUACAGCUAUAUACCUCCUGAAUAUGUGAAUUUUGGAAGAUACUCAGAAAAAUCAGAUAUCUUUAGUUUUGGAGUAUGUGGGCGGAAAAAUUCUUGUUCUUAUGAAUUACCCAGCAUUAAUGGCCUCCCAGCUAGCUUACGCUUGGAACCAGUGGAGGGGAGGUGAGACGCCAUUAGAAAUAAUGGAUCCGAAGUUGAAAGAAAGUAGUUGUGAAGCAGAAGUGAUGAAGUGCAUCCAGAUUGGAUUAUUGUGUGUUCAAGAGAAAGCAGAGGUAUAGGCCUCCCAUGUCAAGAGUUGUUUCGUAUUUAAGUAAUCUUUCUGUGGAAUUACCAUUUCCUCGCAAACCCGCAUUUUAUGUUCAUGGUAGGAUGGACCCAAAUUCGGGUCAUCCUUCUGCUUCUGCCAACAAUUCCAUUCCAUCUUCUGUCAAUGAAAUGUCUAUAACUUCAUCUUUU